UCAAACGCUUCCAGCAGUUCCAGCUUUACAGGCAGAAACUAUAACUGCAAUGGCAGCAUUUCAUGCAGUUCAUGCAGGGAACUCAGGGAGGCAGGAAUAGGCAACUCUGAGAGGCUCGACCAAACCCAUGUUUCCCAAGAGCGCUGCGUAUUGACACCGCAAUCGCUUCAAGAACAUGGAGUUUCAUUUCUUUCCACGGCAAGUGUCCUUUGCAUGGCUUGAGUGGGAGAAUCACCAGAACCAUUUGGCACUCGUGGAAAGACCAGGGUCAUCCACCAUGCGACCGCUCAGAAAACCGACGGAAUCCCGGUCGUGGUUCGAAGGUCGUUCGCAGCCAUUUGUGGGUGAGCGAACUUGGAGUUGCCGAUUUGCCUGCCUUUUUUGUGGAAACAGUCUCAGCAAGAAAGAUCCUGAAAGAUCAUGUUUCCCAGGUCAAGACUUGCUUCUUUUGCUUCCUUGAAGGUUGUCCAAGUGUUGGCACCAUGACGUCUGUGCCUGUGCGUUGGGGAAUUAUUGGCUGCGGAGAUGUGACUGAAGUAAAAAGUGGACCAGCUUUUCAAUUGGCGACUGGUUCACAGCUUGUGGCUGUCAUGCGCAGGGAUGCGGAAAAGGCACGGGACUAUGCGGAGAGGCACAGCGUUCCCAGGUGGUACAGUACAGUGGAGGGCCUUCUGAGUGACCAGGAGAUUGAUGCGAUUUACAUUGCAACUCCUCCAGGGUCCCGUGUGGAGAUUGCGGAACAAGUUGCAAAAAGUGGGAAGCCAUGCUAUUUGGAAAAACCCAUGGCUCGCAACUUCACUGAAUCCCAGCUCAUCGCUCAAGUUUUUGAGUCAAAUUCGGUGCCUUUGUUUGUUGCCUACUAUCGAAGGUGCUACCCACGAUUUGUCCGGCUCAAGGCACUUUUGGCCUCUGGCCAGUUUGGGCGAAUUUCCAGUGUGCAAUAUCGGCUGGAACGGCCAGCUGCAUCCUCCACCGGUUGGCGUCAAGAUGUGUCAACUUCUGGGGGAGGUCUUUUCGUUGACCUUGGGUCCCAUGUCUUGGACCUUUUGGACUUUCUCUUGGGCCCUCUCAAGAUGACCGAAGGGGUGGCAGCUAGGGCUCCUGAUGCACACCCUUCCUCUCCGGAAGAUGUUGUGGCGAUCUCCUUUGCUUUUGGCUCCCCCACGCAGGGCAUCGGCACAGGACUUUGGAACUUUAAUUCUGCAGAAUCCUGUGAUGUGUUGGAAAUUACCACCUCAAAGGCCAAGAUCUUUGUGCCAGACUUUAUGAACGGCCGAGUUGUUUCAGUGAGAGGUCCAGACGGAUCAAAGUUGGAAGAGUGGGAGGAGAUUCCACCCAACACCGUGCAGCUCCCCAUGAUUCAAACCAUUACCAAUGCCAUUGCCGAGAAGAAUCCAGCGCUUUGUCCAAGCACUGCGACGUCGGGUCUACGAACAGCCUCUUACAUUGAUCAAGCCUUGAAUGGCUUCUAUGGCGGUCGCGCAGAUGCAUUCUGGAAGAGAGUUGACACAUGGACCUCAAACCAACAUGGCGUCCAACGCUGAGGUGAGGCAGCAGGGGACACUUGCUCUGCAGCCGUCAGUCAGUCAACUCAAAAUAUGUGCCGGGCGUUUUGGCCAUGUGAGAUGAGUACUCCUAAAUGUAGGCAGACUGAUCCUCACUGAUCCUUU